CCCACCCUCGACCGCGUCCCCGGGCGCCCCCCACGCACCCAGCCGGGACCGAGCCGACCGCGCGCCGCAGCCAUCGGCCAUGGAGACGCGAGAGCGGCGGCGCCCGCGGUUUCUGCUGCCGCUGCUUCUGCAGCUGCUGUGCGGUGGGUGUCCCCGAGUGGGGGGCUGCAACGAGACGCGCAUGCUGGAGAAGCUGCCCCAGUGCGGGCAGGCUUUCGCAGACAUGAUGCACACAGUGGACGUCUGGAAGUGGUGCCACCUGUCUGAGUUCAUCGUGUACUACCAGAGCUUUACCAACUGCACCGAGGUGGAGACCAACGUGGUGGGCUGCUACUGGCCCAACCCCCUGGCGCAAGGCUUCAUCACCGGCAUCCACAGGCAGUUCUUCUCCAACUGCACGGUGGACAGGGCACACUGGGAGGACCCUCCAGACGAGGUCCUCAUCCCGCUCAUCGUCGUGCCCGUCCUGCUGACCGUGGCCAUGGCCGGCCUGGUGGUGUGGCGCAGCAAACGCGCUGGCCAGCUGCUGUGAGGGCGCCCUGAGGGGGGGGGGCGGGGAGGCAGGGCGGGGGGGCUGGAGAGCCAGCGGAGGCUGCGGCGGCCCCACCCCCACCCCCAUCCCAUCUGGCUACCUGCGAGCCUUAUGUGGUUCACCCGGGCUUGUCCUCUCCUGGGCCUGGGAAGAAGGCGCACCGAGGCCGGAGCUGUGCGGGGAACGAUUGGCUGCUGCUGCGCCCUCCGCCCACGCUGGGCUGGGGCCUCCAGGGUUUCCAGGCCUUCCUGACCCUUGCCCAGGCACCCUGCCCUGACCCCAGCCCCCGCCUGGCUCGGACCCUACCUCCCAACCUGAGCUCAACCCCUGCGCUGACCCACCCCCUGUCCUGACCCCACCCCCUGCUCUGACCACGCCCCCCCCUCUGACCCCACCUUCUGCUCUGACCCCACCCCUGGCCCUGAUUCCACCUCCUGACCUACCCACCCCCUGUCCAGGCUUCACCCUAUUCUGUCACUGCUAUGGGUCCCCUGUCCUGGCCUGCCCACCCCCACCUGCACUGGGUGGGGUAGAUUGUCAGCUGGGUGUUUGUACUGCCUGGUGCCCUGUGUCUGAGCCCUCCUGGCCGAGAGCCCAUGCUCAUCCUGCGGCCAGAAAACCUGAGACUGAGGGUCAGGCCGGAGUCCCCCGGGGGCCGUGCACGGCCUGAGACCCCCUGUCUGCGCCCACAACCAGAGACUGGGCUGCGGUGGGUGCAGGCCUCCUUCCUAGGCCCCUGCGAGCCAGGCCCUCUGAGCUGGGGUCCUGUGAGCCCCAGUGCUGGCUGAGCUGUCUGUGCUGUGUGCUUUCUCUGAGUAAACAGUCAUCCUGC